AUGACAACAAAGAAAGAGAACUUCAACUAUCUUUUUAAGGUUGUAUUGGUUGGAGACACAAAUGUAGGCAAAACGAACAUGUUGAGUCAGCUUGUAUCAAAGAAGUUUCUAGAAGGAUCAAAGCCAACUAUAGGUGUUGAAUUUGGAACAAAAUACUACGAGUUUGAGGACUGCAAAAUAAAGACGCAGAUUUGGGAUACAGCUGGUCAGGAACGAUAUCACGCAAUCAUUUCAGCAUAUUAUAGAGGAGCAUGUGGAGCAAUUGUUGUAUAUGACAUCACUGAUAAGGCAUCAUUCAAAAAUGCAACUGAAAUCUGGUUACCGAAUAUCAAAAAAUCAUGCAAUAGUGAUAUUCCAAUAAUGUUGGUAGGAAACAAGAGCGAUUUGGGGAAAAGUCGUGCUGUAAAGAUGGAAAUAGGAAGAGAUGGUGCGAUGAGCAACAAAUGUAGCUUUUAUGAAACAUCGGCUUGUACAGGAGAAAAUAUUGAUAAGGCAUUUGAGGAAUUUGUAGAAAAAAUAUAUCAGAAAGAGAAAGGGAAGAAUAGUAUGAAGAAUAAGCGAUAUGCAAGACAAGAACAUUUGAAAGGUGAGGAACUGCAAUUGGUUGAGAAAAAGAAAGGCGGUGGUUGUUGCUAA